AUGAAGAAGAUGUUUAGUAGGCUUGGUAUUCCACGAAAAGUCGUAUCGGAUAAUGGUCCACAAUACGCAAGCCAAGAUUUCUCCACAUUUGCUCAGGAUUAUGACUUUAACCAUGUCACUUCCAGUCCAAAGUAUCCACAGUCCAAUGGACUAGCGGAAAAGACAGUACAGAUUGCCAAAAGAAUUUUGGACAAGAGCAAGGCAGAUGGGAAAGAUUAUAACCUAGGACUACUAGAGUACAGGACAACACCUUUGAGCUUAGGCUACUCGCCCGCCCAACUAUUGAUGAGUCGCAAGUUGAGGUCCAUACUUCCAGUAGUUCCAGAUGAGCUGAAACCAAAGGUGCCAGUCAGAGUUAAGGAAUUGAUGGUAGCAGAGAGAGAGAAACAGAAAGGAUACUAUGAUCGCAGUGCUAAGCCUUUACCACCGCUUUCAGUAGGAGACAGUAUAAGGUACCAAGAAGGGAAACUAUGGAAACAAGGAAUAGUCACCAAAGAAGAAGGAGACAGAUCGUACACAGUUAAAAGCACUGAGGGAGCAGUAUACCGGAGAAACAGACGACACCUGAUCAAGUCAAAAGAAAAGUUCGAGCCUGAUGUAUCAGAUUCCAAUAUCGUCAAUUUCGCAGAACCUUCUACAUGUACCUCACCUCCCAUUCCAACUACGGCAACUAGUCUUCCCAGUACUGUUGAACCAAUCUCCGAACCAGCUACUGAGGCUAAGCAUGACCCCCCUGCUACAUGUAACCCCUCCCCUUACAUAACUCGUUAUGGUAGGAUUGUUAGGCCCAAAAUAAUUGUGUCUAUGUAG